AUGUAUAGUACAUGUACAUUGUUCAGUGUACAUGUACAUGUACAUUACAUGCACACUCCAAAAAUCAGGGUGACUUCAAAAUCCUGCAGAUUGAACAUGGCUGAUCAAGGCUCUGCCAGUUUGCUCAAUCUCCAAUCUGCCGCCAUCUUCCUGUUGAUUUUCGUCGUGGUCUUCAAGCUGUUCCGACGUCCAAAGAACCUUCCUCCGGGGCCCUGGCGAUGGCCUUUCCUCGGGAACUUCGUGGCGCUGACUCGGUCUGGGAAACAUCCCCACGAGGUGUUGGCGGAGUGGGCCCGGCGGUACGGCGGCGUCAUGUCGGUCGGGGUGCCACCGUCGUCACGGUCUGCUGUCAUCGUAGUGAGCGACCUUGACAUCGCCAAGGAGUUGCAGUUGAAACAAGGAGAUCACCCUAUUGACAGGGCCACCUUGCCAUUGAUGGACACAAUUUCAGACACUCGAGGGAGCUUUGUGUGGAGCAAGGGCGAGACCGCCAAAGAAGUGAGGCGUUUCGGCCUCGGCGCCUUUCGAAAAAUGGGAGUCGGCAAGAAAAGUCUGGAGCACAGGAUCAACGAAGAGGCUCGAUACCUAGUGGAACGUAUCGAGGCUGAAAAGAAUCGGCCCUUUGAUCCAAGCCACCCCAUCCACAAGGCCGUGUCCAACAUCAUCUGCUCCAUAAAUUUUGGGUCCCGCUUCGAUUACGACGACCCAAAAUUCAAGAAGUUGCUUGGGAGUUUACAAGUUGUGUUUGAGAGCACAGGAGUUACAUCAUUGGGAAACUUGUGCCCCCUUCUCUACUACACCCCACUUUUUGCAAAAUUGAGAGAAUGCACCAAGUUUAACAGAGAAUCUAUCACAGCAAUAGUUCAGGAACAUCAAGAUUCCUUUGACGAGAACGAUUUCCGGGAUAUCACCGAUAUGCGCAUUGCGGACAUCAGAGAGAAAGAGCGGACUGGGCCUGCUCCGACCAUCACCCACCAACACAUCUGGCGGGGUAUCCUGGACUUGUUCGGCGCUGGCACGGACACAACUUCAAACACCUUGCUGUGGCUGAUAUCUUUCAUGCUCAAAUACCCCGAAGUACAAGAUAAGAUCCAGCAAGAGAUUAAUGAAGUGGUGGGAAGCGACCGUCAGCCAUCUUGCGGGGACCGUCCCAGCAUGCCCUACACCAAUGCAGUCAUCAAUGAAGUCCAGCGCCUACGUACCGUGGCACCGUUUGCUUUGCCGUACGUGACAACACAAGAGUUGCAGUUACAAGGAUACACCAUUCCCAAGGGAAGCGGUGUGAUUAUAAAUCUAUGGGCGAUGAUGAACGACCCCAAGGUUUGGGAUCGGCCAGAGGAGUUCAACCCCGGACGUUUCCUGAGCAAAGACGGCAAGACAAUGAUCCAGCACGAAGCGUUCAUACCAUUCUCCCAAGGUCGUCGGAGUUGUCUAGGCGAAGGGCUAGCCAAGAUGGAGCUGUUCCUCUUCGCUACUAACCUCUUCCAGUGGUUCACAUUUAUGCUACCGCCAGGGGCGCCUACACCAGCAUUGAAGGGGAUCAGUCAUUUCACCUUUGUUCCGGAGCCGUUUAGAGUAUGCGCAGUUAAACGCUAGGCUUGAAAAAAGCUGUUUGAAGAUUGAUUGGUCCAAACUUUCAGAGACUGAUAUUGUCUGUGCUUUUAUUUUGCUACGACAGAAUUGAACCAUACCAUUUUGAGUCCUCGUAGAUGUAUUUGAAAUCAGAUUCAACUCUUUCCAGUAUACAUGAAGUUUUUGUGAUCAUUAUUUACUUACGUAUACACAAUAGCAGCCGUGAACGAUGUUUUUUUAUAUAGCCUCAGAGAAACUCUUUCUUUUCUGUAAUGUCUCAGGUAUCUGAAAUGUAUUCAGUUUUGCCUACAGAAGCAUGUCAGAUCGGUAGCGUUUGAUGUUUUGAGCAAGACAAGAAAAAAUUAUAAAAAUCGAGAAAAUCUUCAUUCCUGACAUGCCCAUCCCUUGGGGAAUUAGAUGACUCGAAAUUUUGAUAAAGUUGUUGGAUUUUUCUCUGUAAAAUGAUUAAAACGGAAAUGGUAAGCAGAUUUCAAAGACAAGCCUGGCUAAGGAUCUGCAUUUGA